AUGAUUCUUCAAAACAUUCGUCGAAUAUCUAAAAUAAAAUACUACUCAUACUCGAGAUCUCGGACUUUCGCAAUAAUGUCCAGCAAGCUCCCAUUUCAGAUCAAAAACCCUGCCAUCUUCAAGGAUAAGUCUCUUGUAAACGGAGACUGGGUUGAAGCCAAGUCCGGAAAGAGAUUUGAUGUUGUAGAUCCCGGAAGCGGCAAAGUCUGGGCCUCAGCACCAGACAACAAUGCCAAUGAUGUCGAUGCCGCAGUCAAAGGAGCUCACGAAGCGUUCAAGACCUACAGCAAAGUCAACCCUAGAACCAGAGCACAAUGGCUUCUAAAGUGGGAUGCUCUCAUCCGGGAGAACAGGGACGACAUCGCCAAUAUUGUUACCUACGAAACAGGAAAACCGCUUUUUGAAUCUCAAGGCGAGUUGGACUAUGCUCUAGGGUUUACGUGGUGGUUCGCCGGUGAGGCCGAGAGAAUCACAGGAACGAUCCAAACUCCUUCAGCACCAGGACGGAGAGUCUUCACAGUGAAGCAACCGAUUGGAGUCACAGCAGCUUUGGUACCAUGGAACUUUCCAAUUGCUAUGAUUCUGCGAAAGGCCAGCGCGGCUUUUGCUGCUGGAUGUACGAUGAUUGUUAAGCCUUCUCCAGAAACCCCUCUCUCAGUCCUGGCAUUGGCAAAUCUUGCUCAGCAAGCUGGGUUCCCAAAAGGUGUUUUCAGCGUUCUGACGACAAGCUUGGAAAAUACCCCACCUUUGAGCGAGGCUCUUUGUCGUCACCCACUUGUCAAGAAAGUGACUUUCACAGGAUCUACCAGGGUUGGAAAGUUGGUUGCCAAACACUGUGCAGAUGGUCUGAAGAAGGUCACACUUGAGUUGGGUGGAAAUUGUCCAUUCUUGAUCUUCGAUGAUGCAGACCUGGACCAGGCAUCAGAUGCGCUCAUGGCCUUGAAAUGGCGCCACGCUGGUCAAGCAUGUAUCACCGCCAAUCGUGUUUACGUUCAAGCGGGCGUUUACGACAAGUUUGCCGAGAUCUUCAAGCAGAAGACAUCCAAGAUAGUGGUAGGACAUGGUGCAGAAAAAGGAACGACGAUGGGUCCAGUCACCACUCCUAGGUCUCUCGAUAAGGCUCUCAACCAAGUUGAAGAUGCUAAAAAGCAUGGAGGUAAAAUCGUUCUUGGUGGUGGUAAGGUCUCUGGUACUUCUGGAUACUUCUUCGAACCAACUAUCAUUCUGGGAGCAAAGAAGGAGAUGUUGAUCACGGAGGAGGAGACAUUCGCCCCUGUGCUUGCUCUUUAUUCUUUUGAGACUGAGCAGGAAGCUGUUGAUGCAGCAAACAAUACUAGUAUGGGUCUGGCUUCGUACUUCUUUACAAAGAAUGUCGACCGUACUUGGAGGCUCCUUGAGAAUCUGGAGGCAGGAAUGAUCGGCAUGAACACAGGUAACUCCUCGGCUGCUGAAUCACCGUUCGGAGGUAUCAAAGAGUCUGGAUACGGAAAGGAGUCCGGAAAAGAUGUUGCUGUGAACGAAUAUCUGAUCACGAAGACUGGUACUCUGACGUUGGAUGGUCAUUUCUAA